ACUUGCUAGUCUCGGCUCAUGUUUUUCUAAAAAAACCAACUCUGAUUAAACAGAAAUCGUAUUCGAAGGUAUUUUUUUGGUCACAUCACAGUCACCUGUUUCUGAAUAGUUUUUGAAGUGUGUUGUUUUUGUUUUUAACCUAAAGCAGUCUCGGUGUCAUCUCAUGUCUAUCGUAAUCACUAUACCGAACAUUUGAUUCCGAUUUCCCAUCGAGGACCCUUGGCCGCCAGGACGUGCACAUGGGCCACUGGGACGUGCACUGCGACGGCUGCGGCAGCAGCAGACUGGUCCACUAUCGCUACAAGUGCCUGCGCUGCCUGGACUACGACCUCUGCUCCACCUGCAAGGAGAAUGGGGUCUCCAACGGGCAGCACGAUCGCGCCCAUCCACUGCAGUGCCUGAUGGAUCGUGCCGCCCUUGAGCUGCACUUCGCCGGGGAGCCGAUUCCGACCAUGUGCGCCGAAAGCUUCACGUGCCCCGUGUGCGGCAAAAUGGGCCUCUCCCUCGAGGACCUGAAGGAGCACUGCAAGGAGAAGCAUCGCCUGACGCGCACAGUCGUCAUUUGCCCGGUUUGCGCGGCGGUGCCAUCGUCGCAUCCGAUUCGCAUCGCUCACAUUGCCAGUCACUUGAUCUUCUUGCAUUCGUCCAGCGCUCAGCGGGAUCCGGAGCCCGCUUCCAGCUCAGUGGCGCAGGCUGACAGCUUCCGUUGGCCCCAGGACUCUGCCGUGGGCUCGGGAUCGGGCUCGGGCACUGGAGAUGGAGAUGGAGAUGGCACUGGCAUUGGCACAGUUACCCAACACACUUAUCCCACCUCGCAGACUCCGCAGGUGCGCUUCCUGCUGCCCAGAAACACCGCCCCCUUGGCCGACUCCGAGGAUCUCAGCGAUAAUGAGAGCGUGGAGCUAUGAGUACUUCGAAUCAGAACCACGAAGAAGCACUCGACUACAACAUUUUGACAAACGACUAAACAACAUUAUCGCCAAGGCAAACGAAAACAAGCACUUGCAUCGUUACGAAAUUCGCAUACGAAAUUAUAGAGUUCGUUUUUUCAUUUUCAUAAUGAAUGACGAAUCUUGAGAAUAACUACACAUUCCGUUUGAACACACACACACACACACACACACACAAACAUGUAUUGUCGUGCUUCUGCUUAAAUAUAUUACUGCGUUCGAUUCAAGA